AUGGGUGUGGAUUUGAGGCAAGUCGUUGCUGGUAUUCUCACCAUUACCAUGUUUGUGAUGCUCGGACAGAUGCUUCAUCGAGAUUACUUCGAUUCUCUUCAGGAGAAAGCACAGGGAGAUGCACACGAUAUUGAAUUCGAAGGAUCUAGAGUAUCUGUGAAAGAUAGUCUUGUAGGAGCCGUCGAUGGCAUCAAAGGACCUUGGAUGGAGGAUAACAGUGACCUUAAUCCUUGCUGGCCCACAUUGCUUUCCGAUGAAGCGGUAUCAUCUAAAGGCUAUGUUACAUUCUCACUAACGAAUGGUCCUGAGUACCAUAUCUCUCAGGUCACUGAUGCUGUAAUGGUGGCAAAGCAUCUUGGAGCAACACUAGUGCUUCCUGAUAUAAGAGGAAGCAAACCGGGUGAUGAAAGGAGUUUUGAAGACAUUUAUGAUGCUGAUAAACUAAUCAAAAGCUUGGACAACGUCGUCAAAGUUGUCAAGGAAUUGCCUGAAGAAGUAUCUCUAAGGAACAUUGCGAUUGUGAAGGUCCCUUCACGAGUUACAGAAGAUUACAUCAAGGAGCACAUUGAUCCCAUCUUCAAAUCAAAAGGAAACAUUCGAGUAGCAUCAUACUUCCCUUCUGUGAACCUGAGAAAAUCCUCACAAGACGGCGAAACUGAUCCUGUGGCGUGUUUGGCAAUGUUUGGCUCAUUGGAGUUGCAACCUGAAGUGAAUGCAGUGGUUGAGUCAAUGAUCGAGCGGUUAAGAACUCAUAGCCGCAAGUCAGGUGGUCGUUUCGUAGCGGUAGACCUUAGAAUCGACAUACUCGAGAAGAAGAAUUGUCAUUCAACAGGUGUAGUAGGGUCCAAGACUUGUUACAACGCGCAAGAGAUUGCUUUGUUCUUGAGGAAGCUUGGAUUUGCCGGCGACACAACUAUCUAUCUGACUCAACCAAGAUGGGACAGUAGCCUCAAUAUUCUCAAGGACAUCUUCCCUAAAACGUUCACAAAGGAGGCGAUAAUGCCGGCAAGUAAGAGAUCAAAGUACCUUGAAUCAGAGAAUUCUGAGUAUGAAAACGUUAUCGACUUCUACAUAAGCUCAAGAAGUGAUGUGUUUGUUCCAGCCAUAUCUGGUCUGUUUUAUGCAAACACAGUUGGAAAAAGGAUUGCUUUAGGUAAGCCUCAGGUGCUAGUUCCAGCUGCAAUCUCAGAGACAUCUGGACUUGCUACAGACUUCAUCUCUCCUUACAUCUCAAAGAAGAACCACUUGGCUUAUUCAUGCUUUUGCUGA